AUGUCUGAGGUGAAUGCAACACAGAUGGCACGCAGAAGAUACCUGACGAUGGCCAUAUCGUCCCAGCUGGAAGAGGCUGGCUUUACCACCGCGGAACGGGACGCUCUGGAAACGCUCACCGAAAUGAUGCAGAGCUUUCUGACAGAGUUGGGCCAGUCGGCAAGAAACUACUGUGAAUUGGCAGGUCGCACGCAACCGAUAAUAGGAGAUGUGGUUGUGUCCCUGAUAAACAUGGGAAUAUCCAUCCGAGGAUUGGACACGUUUGCCAAACGCGAAGGUCGCCAUACGCUACCGCAACCCCAGCAGGCACAGGCACAGAAGCAGCAAUCGAUACUGCAGGCUGGCCAGAAAAUACCUCAUCCAUCGUACAUUCCCAACCAUUUGCCACAGUUUCCGGAUCCCCAUGCAUACAUACGUACACCGACCCACAAACAACCGGUAACGGAGUAUGAAGUGAUCCGUGAAAAGGCAGCACAGCAGCAACGGGAUGUGGAGAAAGCGCUAACCAAGUUCCUCGCCAAAACUAGCGAAAUUGAUACACUGUUCGAGAACGAGGAGAAUCCAAUGUUCCCGUUGAUCGCGUGCAAACCUUCGUUUCCACCCUACCUGCAGGCGCUAAAUCCCAGCGAUCAAAUAUUCGAUUUUGAGGAACUCGAGUACUACUACCUAGUGGCAAACCGUAAGGAAGACAUCACGGAAACGAAAGAAGAAGCGGACGCCGAUGACGAUGACGACGACGAUGGUGAAAGUCCGAAAAAGGAAGAGAAACGAUCGCAGGAAAGCAAACAGGACCCAGAUGAUGUUUCAUCUCCGUCCGCAGGAAAAAGUGAUACGGCGACGGCCAGCAAUGCGGGAGGUAGCAAUCAAUCGUCCACCGUCAACACACCGGCACCGAUCGAUAAUCCAUAUCUGCGUGCGGCAACAAUACCGCGCAAAGUGAAAAACGAAUCACGCUAA